AUGAUCCUAUCAUGGAAUAAGUUUGAAGAAAUCGGAACCUUUUAUGAAGCUGCUGGUACAGUCAGUAACAGUGGAUGUAGAUAUCAGCAAAGUUUGGGGUCCUCGGGUAUGACCAGUCUUCCAACAUUUGUGUGGGUGUCAUGCAAGCAGGUAGGAGUUGACAGGGAUCAAGCAACUGACCCUCAGCCAGGCAAGUCUCAUGUUGACUAUGGCGAUGGUGGGAGCGGUCUUGUUUGUAAAUCGCCUUCAGGCCAAUACAUCAUAAAAGGAUUGGUGUCAUGGGGUGUAGGGUGCAAGCCCAGCCUGCCCACCGCUUUUGUUGAUGUAGAUUACUUCCUGCCAUUCAUUACCUCCGUAAUUGGAGAGAAGGCAUCAGCAAGGCCUGCAAGACACCCACACAGUGUACCCCACAAACCCAAUGAAGCCUCGACGUCACAAUUUUUUGAGUAUUACAAACCACCCAAACAUCCCGCACAUCAAACUGGGCACGGUGGUCAUUUUGAAACUACUUAUUCCGAUCCUCGACCUAACACUUAUGUUCCUCCUAAAGGCAAUGGUAUCAACCACAUAGGCCAUGCCUCACCCUCUGGCCGACCACCCUCCGGCUAUGGUACGCCCCCUGCCGGGUAUGACAGCCCGCCGCCCCCCGGCUAUGGUACGCCCCCUGCCGGGUAUGACAGCCCGCCGCCCCCCGGCUAUGGUACGCCCCCUGCCGGGUAUGACAGCCCGCCGCCCCCCGGCUAUGGUACGCCCCCUGCCGGGUAUGACAGCCCGCCGCCCUCCGGCUAUGGUACGCCCCCUGCCGGGUAUGACAGCCUGCCACCCUCCGGCUAUGGUACGCCCCCCACUGGGUAUGAUACUCCACCCUCCCAAUAUACAACACCGUCCAAGGGACAGGACUCUGUUCACACCGGAUAUGGAUAUACUGCCCCGCACAGUGACUAUGGCGACCCUCCCAAGGGCCAUCACGCCCCGCACAGUGACUAUGGCGACCCUCCCAAGGGCCAUCACGCCCCGCACAGUGACUAUGGCGACCCUCCCAAGGGCCAUCACGCCCCGCACAGUGACUAUGGCGACCCUCCCAAGGGCCAUCACGCCCCGCACAGUGACUAUGGCGACCCUCCCAAGGGCCAUCACGCCCCGCACAGUGACUAUGGCGACCCUCCCAAGGGCCAUCACGCCCCGCACAGUGACUAUGGCGACCCUCCCAAGGGCCAUCACGCCCCGCACAGUGACUAUGGCGACCCUCCCAAGGGCCAUCACGCCCCGCACAGUGACUAUGGCGACCCUCCCAAGGGCCAUCACGCCCCGCACAGUGACUAUGGCGACCCUCCCAAGGGCCAUCACGCCCCGCACAGUGACUAUGGCGACCCUCCCAAGGGCCAUCACGCCCCGCACAGUGACUAUGGCGACCCUCCCAAGGGCCAUCACGCCCCGCACAGUGACUAUGGCGACCCUCCCAAGGGCCAUCACGCCCCGCACAACGACUAUGGCGACUAUGAAUACUAUGAAGAAUAUGAUAGCCAUAGUUAUGGUAGCACUUAUAGGGAAUAUGAGGAUACUUUUAACUAUGAGCCAUACGGAGACUAUGGUGAUCAAUCCCACGGUCAUGGCGACCGACAUUCCCAUAGUCCUGUUGUGGAUUACAUUAGGGGCAAACCAAAAUAG